CUAGCUAUUAAAGGCUUUGGAGCCAGAGGAUGUUUUGUGGGAGGAUUUUCAAUGACUGAUUCCAUUUUUUCAGUAGUUUUAGAAUUACUCUUUUUUUUUUUCGUUUUUCUUUGGCAGUCUGGAGCCCUAGAAACUCCAUGGUCCUUCCAGAAAACAAGGGGCCUGGACAAAUCAGCGGGCUUCAAACCAUAGCCCUCUGGGUCUGAGUGGCAGAAGGGGACACAAAGAUGUGACAAGAGGAGCCUCUGGCUUCAGAAGCGGGCUUUGAUUCAUCUCAGGUAUGACGCUGCCACAUAAAACUGCUUGGAGAAAAUCUUCCAUGCCCCAGACAGUGGGAAAGGCCGUGGUGAUCGUAUGUAAACAGACCAGCUUUCUCUUCUGGUGCCACCACUCACUUCCCACAAGGCUUUGGGACAGUGACCUGAGGUCCCCACGCCUCAGCGUCUUCAUCUGUGAAUGGGCAUGAUGAUAACGGGAUACACCCAGUCAGGACUAAACACAUCGCCCGUGUAAAGCCCUCGCACGGCGCUCUUUCUCCGGUUGUGGAGAAAGCAACCCACGGGACAGCUCCGCGGAUCACUCCCAUGGCCAACGGUGGCACAUCUGUGCUCUGGCUUCCUCUCUGUGGCCUGGGCAGCUGAAGGAUACUGUGCCUGCCCUGCAGCAGCCCGCAACUUCCUGCUUGAAAUUCCUGGAAAACUCGGGCAGCCAAUCUCCAGGUCAGCACAUUCAAGAGUGCCCGGCAUCUUAACUUGACCAUGACCCUGCCCAGGCAAACAUCCCUCUGGGAGUUCCCACCCUCUCUGCUUCCUCUAAAAGGCUAGCAGAGCCACCCGCAUGGCAGAGAAGCUGAGACGGGCCCAGACACCCCCAGCUCUCGCUCACGCCCAGUCUCCCUGCUCCCCCGACAUGAAGGUCUCCGCCACGCUUCUGUACCUGCUGCUCACAGCCGCCGCCUUCAGCCCCCAGGUGCUCGCCCAGCCGGAUGCACUCAGCGCCCUAUUCACUUGCUGUUUCACAUUUAACAAUAAGAAGAUCCCCUUGCGGAAGCUGGAGAGCUAUCGAAUCACCAGCAGCCACUGUCCCCGGCAAGCUGUCAUCUUCAGCACGAAACUAGCCAAGGCCAUCUGUGCCAACCCAAAGGAGAAGUGGGUCCAGGAUUAUGUGAAACACCUCGAUCAAAAACCUCAUACCCUGCGGACUUGAACUCUUCAAGCCACACCAAGACCAAGCCAAGUACGAGAAUCGAACGACUGUUUAUGCUCCUCCAGCUUCCCCAGCUAGACCCUGGACUAAUUUUACUAUAGUUUCAAAUAGUGUGCUGUUUUGUGAUGCAAAAGAUGUACUAUGUGUUAAGUAAUAUUUAAUGUUAUUUGAAUUGUUGCUGGUUUGGGGCUUAUUUUGAAUACUGGGGACCUUUUUUUUUAAAGCAAGGCCUUGAGCCAGUUGCUUCCUGUCAUCAGCCAGGGUUCCAUCCCUUGUAAAAGCUGCAGGCAGCGGAUCUGUCUCCUGCCUAACUCCCCGGCCGAUGCGUGUGCCUACAAAUCAUGGAGAUGAAGGGCUACUCCAAUCCAGGGAGGGGAGGGCCUUGUGAAAGCAAGGAGCAGCUAAAUAUGUUAUUACAGAAAGGAGAAUGCCAUUCGUAAGAUUGUUGACUUUUUGCAGAAAGUACAUCGUGUUUAAAAUCUCCCAUGGUCUCUGAAAAACAAACGGAGGGUUCUAGAGGGGAGGGGGGUGGGGGGAUGGGUCAGCCUGGUGAUGGGUAUUAAAGAGGGCACGUUCUGCGUGGAGCACUGGGUGUUAUGCACAAACAAU